ACUAUACCCUAAGUCCAACAGCUGGAUAUAGUAUGAUGGGCCUUUAUGUCUUCCAAUAAUCACCUAGACAUCCAGCAGCUGGGCCUUUAUGUCUUCCACUCGUACAAUAUGGUCCACUAGGAUACUUAAGCCCGAAACCAUACGAAACACUACCAAACAUGCAUUAGGAUAGUAAAAGUGGUAAUAGGAGCUACUAAACACACCUUUGAGCAUUUAUCAAGAAAAUCCAAGUUAAUAUGACACUAAAGAUACAAAAAUGGUGUAAACAUACCACUACAUAGGGGUCUAAAAUAGUAUAAUUUUCGUGUCAUUAGGUGCUGAAACCAAUAUGGAGAAGAUGGGUCUAGCUCUAGAUUGUGGUUCUUCCUCCUACUUGUAGACUCUUUCUCUCUCUGUUCUAUUUUCUCUUGUUGUUUAGAUAGAUGAACCCUAGCUUGUAUGUUGUUUAUGGGCUUGUAUGCAAGAAUGAUUGUGAACUUAUAUAUCUAUGUCUAUUUGAUGUUUAAUCAUAUCAACUUGCUUCAGUAUAGGUGGUUAUGGCUUUGGCUUGACCUAAUUUGAGGUGACCAUCCCCAUAGGUCAAGACUAGAACACACAUAAAGUAUUAUGGGAUUUAGAUUACAUGAUCAUUGAUUCGAAGUUACAUUUUUAUAUGGAUUAAUCCCAUUAGAGAGUCUAGAACUAAUGCUCUAGGUACCUAAUUAGUUACAUGACCAUUGAGCUAACAUUGACACCUAGAAGUGUUGUUUUGUGACAUGACCAUUGCAGAAUUCACUAGUCUAAGUGAAUUCUCAUAAAUUAAAAUAUAGAUAAUUCUUCAUCAAUUUGCAAUCAACCUAUGUCAAUCUAUAACUAGAGGGAUUCAACAUGAGAAACAACCUUUUCUCUUGUGAUCUCCCUCAUAGUUAGUUUUGUUUCGUUCUUUGUUUGGUUAGUCUUGUUCAUACUUAAACCCCAAUUAUCUCGUUUGGCUAGAUAGUAGAUUACCGAGGUCGAGAGUAGUAUUAUACCUACAUUUACCGAGGAAUAUGACCUUGUUUAUGACUAUACCACUUUGUCGGCCUAGGAUUAAGGUAGUUAGUAUAAUCGACAAACCAAGUUACAACUUGUAAAGCCCGAUGUCGAUGAGUAAAGACUUUUUGGUGCCAUUGCAUGGGGGGCAUUUAGGUUAUAUGAAAGGCCUCGAGCUACUAGUUUAGUCUUGUUUUUUUCUUUGUCUAUGUUUGAUUGUAGUAAUUGCAUUUGUUUUUUUCCUUUGUCUUUGUAGUUCUCGUAUUGUGUUUCUGUUUAUGUAUUGUUACACCGCUCUUCUCCCCGAAGGGUGGUUUGUGUUUGAUUGAUCUUCCUCUUUUGUAUUUUAGUGUGUUUAUAGUUGUCGAAACAUGGACUCGUAUGAAUUCAGAAAAGUGUGGGGGAGUAUCAACCAUCUCUCAAAUGGUGUUACCCCGAGACUUCAAGAAAAAAAUCAAGGUCAAGAAUCCUAGUUUCAAGAAACCCCCCUCUAUAUGGCAAUCAACAAUAACCUCGUGGUUACCGAGUUCCCCUGAAGUUUCAUCAAGAAUAACCUUCACGUCCUAAGGUGAAAUCCGAGAGAUUGCCCUAGGGAGAUCAGAGGCGGCAACAAUGCGAAUGGAGGUUGAUUGGAGAACAUGCUCCACUCUGCACCAUCAAGAAUUACCUCAAUAAUCUAAGGGAAUUUUGGAAUUAGAGCUUAUCCUAGAGAGAAUGAGGGUAUCAAUCAAUGCCUUUGAGAGUAAUAAAUUUCCAUCACUCAUGGUAUCGAAGAGACAAUUCGAGCUCGAAUUAGAGAAAUCUAUCACCGAGAGUGAAAGGGUAAUUCAUCCUCCACCACUAACGAACCCCAAGAGCACGCAGGACUUAGCAUGUGAGCGCUUCAAUAAUGGAAAAAAGUACAUUGACACUAGUGAUCCUAACCUUCCUCUGUGUUGUUUGCGCAUCAAAUUUGAACAUCAAGUGGAGGAAGAGAUGCUCAAAAGGGUAGAGACCAAAGUGACGUGUUCUAAUGUGAACAAUCUCGAUCUUACUCCUCAACACUCCCUCGUUGAACAAGAAGAGAUGAUCAAGAGGUUGAAAAAUAAUAGAAAAUAAAUUGAACAAUCUUGUUCAAACCAUACUCAAGAUAUGUCCUUAGACAUCAUCAAUGAAGGGAAUGCUAUUGUAAGCAAAGAUGUACGUAAUCCCACUCUUCCUCCGGGUUGCAUCUUGAUCAAGAGGAGAAUGGUGAGACAUCCGAUGAAGAAGUGGUAGAGGAGGUAGAGGUGCUAAGAAGUCGAAAACGAUAAUAACAGUACCAUUAUGCAUCUAUUGAAGAGCUCAGCCGUCGACUCGAGCAUUGGCUUGAUAUGUUUGUUUGUUUAAUUUUGCUUUCCUUUGUGAUUUUCGUAGAGAGGGGAAAAUGAUGAUGACUUUUUUUUUUAUCAAGGAAAAUUUGGAUUGGUGAGGGUUCAAUUAUCCCAAUUAGGCCACACACCAUUUCAUUCUAAUAUUACUAAUGCUAUUGUCUCUAAACCUCUCAAUUGAAUAUUUGAUCCAUCCUUGAAUAAUUUAUGUGGUUGGAUACAAUAAAUUUCUUUUACUUAAAACUGUUAACAAUUAGUACAAUUCGCAUAUAGUUUCUUCUUUAAGAGUUGUAGACUGUAGUAGUCUAUAUCAGACUAAGAUCUCUUAAGAUGAUGGUGAUUUGCGAAUCCCAUUCUACCACCACUCUCAUCACACUCUAAAAAAUGAAGAGAUCGGAGGGUCCCCUUGGCAUGUGUUUUUGUGAUUAUGUGGAAGUGAAGUGAAGUUGGGUUUGAUUCCAAUUUCAUCAUGGAUCCAUUUUCCUUUUUUAUCUUAGCGUAAGCCUUAAUUUUAGGAUUAACCAUUGGUUACUGACCUAUGAGUAACUAAAUCUGGACCUUUAAAUUUAAGUGGGUCCAGAAAAUUCAGAUAUAAUGGUUGUCAAUUAAAUGCAUUUUAUUUUCCCUAUUUUCUUAAUCGGCUCUUAUCUUCUUCGUUCUAACUCGAAUUUCAUUUUUUUUCACAGAUGAAACGAGUUCGUUGUGCUAUACAAAAUGAGAUCAAUUUUCAAUAUAUUUCGAGAAACUUUUUUUUUUACCAACUACAUAUCAUAUGAUAAAUUCUUCGUUUUUAAGUCGUUUUUGAAUAUGUCUGCUCAGAAGGAACGAGUUCAUCAUGAUCUAUUGGAUCUUUAAAUUUCUGGGUGAAAAAAAUACUCGAUAAAAAAUUACCAUACUUUACCAUUAUGGUAUGUGGGUGGUAACUUGUAGUAAACAAUGACGAAAGUCGUAAAUGACAGUUAGUAUACUCCUACUAUUAUGUAUUCAACCUUCUUACCAUAUUGGUAUGUUCAUACCAUCAUGGUACGCUUUCUUACCAUAUGGUAACGACUGGUAAAAAAUUAUUCAAUUUUUUUUUGUACUAAAAAUAUAUUAAAGUGAAUAUCAUUUUAAAGAGCACAUUUAAUCUGAUUUAUCUGUGCAAAAAAAAAUAAAUUUCGACUUAAAACAAGAGAGAAAUCAUCCUUUAAAGAUUAAAGGGGAAAAAUAAACGACUUUACAGGAGAGGGAGGAUACUGAUGUCAUGCUGAUGUAGACAAGUUACUCAUGGUUACUGACCAUUGACUUACUCACCUAAUCCGUCCCCUAAUUUUGUUACGAUUAUGGCACUCGCUUUCUUUUGCAUUCCAAUCAAAAUGUGCCAUGAUUGUGAUGUUUGAUCAAAAGCUUAAUUAAGUAGGAGAGGAACCUAGAAUGAAUCUCGAUGUGCACAGAUUUAGGGAGAACGGGAGAAAGGGGUUGUCAUACUUCUCUCGAUUUCGUCGGUAAACAAUGAUUUUGAAUAAAAAAAUUAGACUUCUUUCUAAUUGGAUCUGGAGUUUGAAUGAAAAGGAAUAUAAUCC